AUGAGUGCUGCUGCCCAUGGGGGCCACGAUACAACCUCGCACCUGCGCCUUCCACCAAACCCGUCAUCCCCCUAUGACGGCUCCUGGGCCGGAUCCGAAGCUGACCCCGGCGAUAAAUUGCGCGAACGCCUCCGCAAAUGGGAGAUGGACAACCCGCCGCCUUCGGUGGUAGUUAGGUCAAACGAUGACGCUGUUGGCCCCGUCUCCAAUUCCAUGUCCGGCACUGUCGACGAGUACAAGUUCCUGCGCGGCCUUAACGAACCCACCGACAGCGACACUGAUGUGAGCUUUGUUGGAGACGAGCUGGUAAACGUGGGCUUGCCGUCGGUCGGCCUGAAGGCUGGCGAUCUUCUCGAGCUCGGUGCCGACAGCCUCCGCUUCAGCCUUCUCGCCAUUUGUCUGGGAAACUUCAACGGCUACGACCAUUUUUACACCAACUCGGGCAAGUGGGUUACGAGCCAGAACAUCAAGACGCGCUUCGUCGUAAGGAACUUCAUCCAGGACCCGGACGAACUGCAGGUUGUCAUAGAUGCCCUGCCCUCCACCUCUGGCGCUGCCGACGUCCUCGUUGCUUACCAUACGCUUAAUGCCGCGCCCUCGAGAGAAAUUGGCGCUGCGCUGAUCCGCCACAUGAACAACUUCGACGCCGCUGCCCGCCGCAUCCAGCAGACAUACGCCGAGAAGCUGAACCAAAUCUACCAGCUCCUUGGCCCCGAAGAGAAGCUAAUGAGCCUGGGCGAAAUCGCCCGCCUCGUCCUCCCCGGCGGCCCCAUGAAGAGCCAUCACACCUUCCCGCCAGACGUUCUCUAUGCAGUUUACACCUUUCUCUGCUCCGACGACCUCGCCUUCCGCCCCGUAGGCCAAGGUGGCCGCAACCAUCAAUCCUCGCUCUUUCUCAUGAACACCAAGGACGACAUUGAGAACGGCAAAAAGGUCGAAUUGAUAACACGCCAAUUCUACGAGGCCCGGGCCGCUCGAGCUGCACAGCGCAGAGGUGUUGCCCCCACAGCCGCCACCAAAUCUCUUUUCAUAGUCGAGGCGCGGAGGUUCAUUGACCAGAGCCGCAAGAGCCGGAAAUGGUCUCCGCAUGGCAUGUUGGGUCCAAGCACUCUGAAGCCAACGCCAAUUCCCGUCGAAUGGUCCCCAACCGCUCUCCAGAUCGUCAGGUUCAUGGAGCAAUGGGCCGCUGCCGCCAGAGUCUCCCGCGUCUCGCGUCUGCACGGCGCUGGCGCCGCGAUUCUCCGGGCCGUCGACCGCUAUGGCGAUGCCAUGCUCCUCGACGCCAACACCGGCUGGACCUUUCUCCAAGAAAUCGGCUGGAUCACGCCGUGGGACUUGCAAACUCGUCACUCUCUCCACCUCCCUGGAGUCAACAUUGACAGGGCUGGCAUCCUUGCAGUCAAACAGGAGGAUUUGGAACCAAUCAAAUUCGAGCCAGAUCAGCUGGCACCCCUCCGGACGGAGCUCACCGGUACCGUCUACUGCAUCGACGCCGAGAGUGCCGCCGAUAUCGAUGACGGAGUCUCAAUCGAAGAUGCCGGCGAUGGAGCAUACUGGGUUCACAUCCACGUUGCCGAUCCCGCCUCCCGUAUCAGACACGACAUGCCAGCGGCCAGGCGGGCGGCCAUCCUGUCCCAGAGCAUCUACCUUCAGGGCUACGAGCAUACCAUGUUCAUUGACAAUACAGUCCGGGAAACCUUUUCUCUGGCGCCAGACAGGCCCUCUCUCACCUUCAGCGCCAAGGUGAACGAGGCCGGGGACAUUCUUGAUUACAAGGUCACGCCAGCUAUCAUUCGGGAUGUCGUGUACAUAACGCCGGAGAAUGUGUCUGAGAUAUGCGGCGACGAAGUUGAAGACGUAACUGUACCGCCCGACAGCUUUGAAGUUGGAACGCGCCCAACUGAAUCCAAAUCCCCGACCAGGAAGAUGGCCAAGCCUGCCGAACUCUCGGAGCACCACCUCUCCGAGAUACGUAUACUUUCAAGGCUUUCCAAGGCCCUCCACCAAGUUCGUAUCCGAAACGGGGCCGUGCCAACCCAGCCCCCUCGGAUGGAUGUCGAGGUUUCGCUUGAGCAUACCGAAGUCGCAAGAUAUGCCGACGGCUUUCUGGGCUGCAGCGGAGACCCGUAUAUUCGUCUCUCGUACAGGCCGGGCAAUUUCAACACUUUUACCAGUAGCUUGAUGCUAACUGGUGGCGAGGUCGCGGCUCGGUGGUGUUCUGACCGCGACAUACCAAUUCCUUACCGAGUUGAACCGCUCGCCAGUGGGAAUAUAGCGGCCCUCCGUGACUUCACCCAGAAAAUCCUAUAUCCCGAACUUGCCAGUAACAAGAAGCCGGUGGGUGAGCACAUGCGCACUUUGAGCGUGCUCACUGGCGGGCACGACAUUUCAACCAGGCCCUCAACGAACUUCACGAUGGGUAUAGACAAGUACGCCAAGGCAACGUCGCCCCUGCGCCGCUUCUCCGACCUGAUUGUCCAUUGGCAGAUCGAAGCGGCUCUGCUGGAGGAGCAUCGCCGCGGCAGCUCCCUUGUCGUGAACACGAAGUCGCGAGACAGGACAGCCAAAACCUUCUUGCCAUUUUCAAAUGGCGACCUUGAGUACGACAUGUUCCCGCUUCUUCGUCUCCGGGAGUACCAUGCCAGGAUAAUGGAGAGGCUGGAAGGGCCCUCCUCGUGGGCCCUCCAGGCGCUUUUGCGGGGAUGGUGGUUCGGGGAAAACGCAGAGCAGCUCCCACGCACCUUUCGGUUCGCUGUCAACUUCAUCCUGACCAAUGGCAUCAUUAAAGGUAAGCUCGACUGGUUUGACCAGAUUGCGAUGCUAGACUCAAGGCAUUUGGGGGGGGUGUGUCGGCUGAGCGAGAUCAAGACGGGUGAUGUCUUCGUCGUGGAAAUAGACACUAUCAUUACUACUUCAAGGAAGAUUUACGUCAGGGCGUUGGAAAGGGUCGAGCAAUAG